CAAGGACCGAACGGAGAAAAAAAAAAAAAAAAACGAACGGGAGCGGAGCGCCGUGAUGAAUCAGGGGUGCUCGUGAGCCCGAAAAAGACUGCAUUGGGGGGAGGCACAAAGGCAUUGCUUUCCGAGAAGACGCGCAAAUAUCGCGGUACCGUGAGGUCGAAGCACGGAGAUUAUCCCUGAGAGGAGCGAGCGAGGGGCUGGAAACGGAGCACCAAUCCCGGAUGGCUAGGCGCGGCUGCUCGCGCUCUCUCCCACCCUGACCCGGGAGAGACACAUAAGGACCGCGGGUAAGCUCCGGGGCUCCGCAUGAAGCCAGCCGGAGCCUGUUAACCCGUGUUCCGCCUCACUGCCGUUUUAUAUCUCGGCCUGUUUCCGCCGAAACGGUAAUCUUGUCUGGCGCACGGGACCGACCGUAAACAAACAAGGCAGCGGCUCGGGUCUGGGAGCGUUCAGCAAGCGACCUCUGAAGGGUGUGAGUCUGCGUUGUUACUGAGAUUUUCAGCCCGUUAGGGGUCCAUCAGCUGUACUGUGAGCGUGUGUGUGUCUGUGCGUUUGUGUGUGUGAGUGUGUGUGUGUGUGCAUAACACAGUGUUCUGAUAUGGCUGUAUUAGACUGAGAGCCCAAGAAGCCAGCGGCAUUAUGGGAUGUAGCAGAACUGUGCAGUGACCCCGCUCAUUGGAAGGAAACACUCUGUGUACAGGAGCAGGAACAGGCAGACUAGCCUAAACACACACACACAGACACACACACCCUCAUCCUCAUCCUUGUAUACACACACACAUCCCAGGAGCCUGCAGCCAUGCCUGUGUUCAGUGGCUUGUUGAAGGUGCGAGUGUGUGAGGCUGUGGACCUGAAGCCCACCCCAUGGGCCCUGCGUCAUGCCGUGGGGAAGAGCGGCUCCUUCCUGUUGGACCCCUACCUGGCCCUGAAUCUGGACCAGACCCGGCUUGGCCAGACCGCAACCAGGACCAAGACCAACAGCCCCGCCUGGCACCAGGAGUUCUGCACUGAGGUCCGUGAGGGAAGGAGCCUGGAGCUGUCUGUUUUCCACGAUGCACCCAUCGGAUAUGAUGACUUCGUGGCCAACUGCACCAUCCAGCUGGAGGACCUGCUGCAGAACGGCACCAGACACUAUGAAGACUGGAUUGACUUGGAGCCGGAGGGGAAGGUCUACGUGGUCAUUGAUCUGUCCGGAUCCUCUACUGAAGCCUCCGGGACCAACGAGAAUGAGGAGCGAGUGUUUCGAGAGAGGAUCGGUCCUCGCCGGCGACAGGGCGCCGUCCGAAGACGCGUGCAUCAAGUCAACGGACACAAGUUCAUGGCCACCUACCUGAGACAACCAACGUACUGCUCACAUUGCAGAGAUUUUAUCUGGGGCGUGCUGGGGAAGCAGGGAUACCAGUGUCAGGUGUGCACGUGUGUCGUCCACAAACGCUGCCAUGAGCUCAUCAUCACCAAGUGUGCCGGGAUGAAGAAGCAGGAGGACACACCUGAGGAGGUGGGUUCACAGCGGUUCAGUGUUAACAUGCCCCAUAAGUUCAGUAUCCACAACUACAAGGUUCCCACCUUCUGUGACCACUGUGGCUCCCUGCUGUGGGGCCUCAUGAGGCAGGGCCUGCAGUGCAAAGUGUGUAAGAUGAAUGUGCACAGACGGUGUGAGACCAAUGUAGCUCCUAACUGUGGCGUGGACGCCCGAGGAAUCGCGAAGGUCCUGUCUGACCUGGGAGUCACGCCCGAUAAGAUCUCCAACACGGCACAGCGCAGGAGGAAGUUGACUCCAGGGCAGGACCCUCCCCAGUCUCCUCCUGAGCUCUCCCAGACUGAGGAGAACAGCUUCAGCCAGCCAGCUGUCCCCACCUCCCCCUCACAGCAGGACUUGGCAGGGUUAGAUCGCCUGCAGGACGCGCUGUCGCUCGACCAGCAGGGACCCCAGCACUCCUCGUCCUCCUCCUCCUCCUCCUCCUCCUCCACCACCUCCUCUUCCUCCUCGUCCUCCUCCUCGGCGGGCAGGGAGAACGGGCAGAUCCAGAGGAGGACCCUCAAGGACUUCAACUUCAUCAAGGUUCUCGGCAAAGGCAGCUUCGGGAAGGUGAUGCUGGCGGAGCUGAAGGGGUCGGAGGAGGUUUAUGCCGUCAAAGUUUUGAAGAAGGACGUGAUCCUGCAGGACGACGACGUGGACUGCACCAUGACCGAGAAGCGCAUCCUGGCCCUCGCCCGCCGACACCCCUACCUCACCCAGCUGUACUGCUGCUUCCAGACACGGGACCGUUUGUUUUUUGUAAUGGAAUAUGUGAACGGGGGAGACCUGAUGUUCCAGAUUCAGCGAUCCAGGAAGUUUGAUGAGCCUCGCUCUCGUUUCUACGCCGCCGAAGUCACCUCAGCCCUCAUGUUCUUGCACCGUAACGGGGUCAUCUACAGGGACCUGAAGCUGGACAACAUCCUGUUGGACGCAGAGGGACACUGUAAGCUGGCAGACUUCGGCAUGUGCAAAGAGGGCAUCAUGAACGGAGUGACCACCACCACCUUCUGUGGCACGCCUGACUACAUCGCCCCUGAGAUCCUGCAGGAGCUGGAGUACGGAGCCUCUGUGGACUGGUGGGCCCUGGGGGUGCUGAUGUAUGAGAUGAUGGCCGGACAGCCUCCGUUCGAAGCCGACAAUGAGGACGACUUGUUCGAGUCGAUUCUCCACGACGACGUCCUCUACCCCGUGUGGCUCAGCAAAGAAGCCGUUUCCAUCCUGAGAGCGUUCAUGACCAAGAACCCGGCCAAGCGUCUGGGCUGCGUGGUGAACCAGGGCUGUGAGGAGGCCAUCAAGACCCAUGCUUUCUUCAGAGAGAUCGACUGGGUCCUGCUGGAGCAGAGAAAAGUCAAACCACCCUUUAAACCCCGGAUUAAGACCAAACGAGAUGUGAAUAACUUUGACCAAGACUUCACCAAGGAGGACCCAGUGUUGACGCCCACGGACGAGGCCAUCAUCCGACAGAUCAACCAGGAGGAGUUCAAAGACUUCUCCUACUGCGCCCCCGAAGAGACGCAGACCUAACACACACACACACACACACACACACACACACUGAUCCAAUAACACUAAACCUGACAUGCACGUACGCACACACUGCUGACCAUAAAUCCCUUUACAACACACACGCGCACACACGCACACACACGGUCACUCCUUUACUUUGAAGCUAUUGGUUGUUGUUACUUUUGGAAUAUUCUUUACUUGCAUUGUGUUGUUCUUGUUGCCUGGGUUUAUUAUGAAUAUAAAUAUGAAUAUGACUAUGACUAUGAAUAUGAAUAUACACACCUGCACACUCUCUCACUCACACAUUCACACGUGCACACUUUUAAUGCAGACUUGCACCCAAACACACAAUCCCAAGUUCUACUCACACACCCACGAGCUCCCUGCACAUGCUCAGACAACCAAACACACACACUUACACACACUUACACUGCUUCUCUCCCCAGCACACAUGUGGACUGUACAGUAGGUGCUGGGCGCAGAGGCCUGUAUAUAGCCUGUGUUGAGUGGCUGUAUCGUGUUGGUAUUGUCUGCUAGUAAAGGAGAGUUGUGGCGCAUGGACAAGCACCCUACCUGUGUUAUUACUGUCCUUAUUGUGGACCGGUUAGGGCCAAAUACCCUUUGUGCAAUACCCUGACUAUCUAUAUAUUUUACAGUUUUGUUUGUUCAUGUGUUAUUUUUGUCUUUUUUCUCCUCAAAACGUUUUUGGUUUUUUUUUUUCGGUAUGAUUGAAAUUUUGCUCUCAUCUUCCGGCACACUCGCCCCACGUCCUCCUGUCUUGUGUGUGCAAAGUGAAUGUCGAGCUUACAAGUUACAGGCUAUUGAACUAAUUAUGCGGAGCACAGUGUUAAAGGCGGCCUGUGUAGCAGUUAAAAGCCCGAUUUCCAGCUACUUCACCCAUCUGCUCGCCUCAGAGUCCGUGUCUGUCCUGCCGGCGCAAACGUGCUGGCCCGUGGGCGUCACUUUGUCAUGAAUGUACAUUUUCAUAUGUGUGUGAAUGCGUUACAUUUUUUUUUCCCUGUUCCCUGUCAGUGUGUGACUUUUUGUCUUCAGCAUUUCUGUUUCUAUAGUUACCAUCAGUGUUUUCAGCCCCCCCCCUUUUCCUUCCCCUCUCCUCCAAACCACCAAUUCCCCUUUCCCUCCUCCAGCAGCCGUCUCACUCAGCCAAAACCACUUGCUUCUCUGACUUUUGCUUUUUUCAAGAAUGGCUUUUCUUUUCUUAUUGCUCUCUCUCUUUUUUUAUUCUAAUAAUUAUUAUUAUUGUAAAGUGUAUCUGGAGGAAACCAUUGUGUAUAUUACUAUAACUAUACUAUCAUAGGUCUGUUACAGCCAGGUGAAAAGAAAUGUGGAAAACCAGCAGCUGAAUUACCUCUUAUUUCAAACACACACACACACAGACAAAACACCACAUACAGACUCUCUCCUUUACCUCCUCCCUCUUUCUUACAGACACACACACACACACAUGCACACACAGAGAAGGACUGUUGUCGCGUGUACUGUACAGUGAUCUGAAGGCGAGCUGGUUGCUCUGUGUGCAGUAGAGUCGGUGUGUAGUGAAGCUUUGUGCACCCAGGGGUAGGGCUGUUCCUGGUCACACUAUCUUACUCUGUGCCAAAAUGUAGUGCAACAGCCGGGCUAGUCCUGUCUGGUCUGAUUCCAAUAAAACACUGAGCUGUCUACAUCAC